GCGCAGCUGUACGUCCCUCUCGUGCCGCUGCUCUACUUCGUCUGGGUGCUCGUGCUGGUCGUUCUCGGAACGUUCGACCUCCCAUGUCGAGAUGUAGAGGGCGACAGUGAGCGCGCGCUGUUCGCGAAGCACAAGUGCUACUGCGACGACAACGAGGCCACCAAGACCGCGAG